AUGAGUAGAGGUACUAAUCUCUUUGCAGCAUCUUCAAUAUCAGCAAUUAUUUGGAUUAUUACACUAUUCUUAUCCACCGGAUAUGUGAAUGAAGUUGCUAAAUCAAUGCCAACAUAUGCCUUAAUUCUUUAUUUCUCUUAUGCACUGUUUAAAGUAGGGGGAGACUUGUCACGAUUGAAGGAUUAUCCUGAAGAAGCUGAAUCAUUACAAAAGGAGGUUGAGGAAUCGAAGCGAUUCUACAAAGAGAAGGGAUUAAAAUUGUGAAAAAUUAAAUACGCAUAUAUAUUUUUAUAAAUUUAAUGGA